AUGCAUGGAAAAAAUAUAUUGCCACUAAUGCUGACUUUGUCCCUAGAAGCAGAACAUGGCUAUGCAUCAGUGUUACCCUUCGAUAGUGACUAUUCCAGAAAGAAAACAAAGGCAGGCACCAUGGCCAGAAAAUCCCAGAAUAACAGGUCAUCACACAACGAACUAGAAAAACAUAGGCGGGCUAAACUCCGGCUAUAUUUGGAACAGCUAAAACAGCUCGUGCCUCUCGGGCCGGACAGCACGAGACACACCACUCUAAGUCUGUUGAAAAGAGCUAAGAUGCAUAUCAAGAAAUUGGAAGAACAGGACCGAAAAGCUCUAAAUAUUAAAGAACAAUUACAGCGGGAACACCGCUACCUCAAACGCAGAUUGGAGCAGCUAUCCGUGCAGGGCAUGGAGCGUAUCCGCACUGACAGUAUGGGAUCAACAAUAUCCACUGACUCUGAACAAGAAGUAGACAUUGAAGGAAUGGAGUUUACUCCAGGUGAAAUGGACAGUAUUGGAAGUGCCAGUGAUGCUGAAGACCACUACAGUUUGCAAAGCGGUUCGAGUGACGGAGGUUACACACAUUCCCGCAGACUGAAUGCCAGGCUCUCAUAGUGCCUGAGUUACCCGUUCAACUCAGGACCAUCUGACUGAAGCACUUAUAUAUGAAUAUUCCAGAGGUGUCAACUGCCACUCUUCCGGGAAACCCCAACCACAGUACUCUGACAUGGAGGUUUCUUACCCACGGUUCCCUGCACUGUAACCACAAUAUUAGAUAUUGUAAAUCAUGGGUUUGCUGCAGAGAACUGUGGUUAGGUACAGUUGUGACUUAAAGCUAGCUUCAUGUAGCCAUACUGCAAAUUAAAGAAAACAAAUUCUGUCAUUCCAUUUAAGAAGUAUUAAAUUCAAACUGUUGGAAGCAUGGCGUAAGGGAGUUUGACAGUUAUUUUGAUUUUUGCAGAAACCAUUUCAAACAUGGAAGAAUAAACGGAAUCUACAAUGUGUUAGUGAUUCAGAGAUACAAAAACCUUAAACUACUUUUUGUGGUAUUUUUUCAUGAAAAAAACCCAAAACAUUUUGAACGCUGUAUAGCGAGCUGUCUAGAGCAAAUUCUUUCAGCAGUUUUUUGGGUGAAGCAGGCAGAUAAAUCUUCAAAUCUCAGAUGAUCUUUAGAAAAGGUCAUAUUUACAAGUCACUACUGUACUUCAAAACGGGGGAAAAGCCAGCUCUAAUAAUGACUUCAUGUGGGAUGAUCUCAACUUUCUUUUGCUUUUUUGUAUUCAAUAUCCAACCAGCAGCAAAUCAUUCUAUCCAUGUUAACGGGAGUAGUAGAAAGCAACACUGCAAUUUUAACCUGUUAUCGUGGAAUGGAUGACAUUUGAAGCAUUUCAGUGGUUUUUUGGGUUGUUUUUUUCAUUUCUUUGUCUGAAGAAUACAGAACUCAAGUGAUCCAGUUUGUGAUAGUUAAUCUUUCCUUGCAAGGAAAUGAAAUCUCUGUUUGCUUGUAUUUUUCUUCUUUUCUUCUAUUUACACAUGUCAAUACAUUUUUAUGGAAGGCAUGGCUUAAAAUUACAGUAUUCAGCUAGAAGAUAAUUAAUCUUUUUUUUUCUUUUGCACACUAUAAUUGUAUUUUCUAUUCUUAAAAAAGUGCAAAAAAAUUAAAAUGUAUGCUGUAAAACAGCAAAGUUUAUUUAGUACUCAUCAAGCUGUUCAGAACAUAUUUACCCAAAUCGUAGCAAUACUAUGAAGAUGUAUUUUAAUACAACUUCUGCUUAGUGAAGUCAUUAGAGCUUGGCUUGCCGGGUAAGAAAAAAAUGGACCAGUCUUUGCAUUAUCUGUUUAAAGAAGGUCUUUUAAAAAAAAAAAAAAAAGAAGAAAAAAAAAAAGGAAAAAGGAAAAAAAAAAAGAAAAAA